AUGCGUGGUCUUGUUAUUCUCAGCGCGGCCGUUGCCGUUGCUAACGCCGCUGCCGUCGAGAAGAGGCACUACCCUCUUCCCGGCCAGGAGGAGCCCGUUCCCUCCGUCCCGGAGCCCAAGCCUACCGAGCCCGCUCACGGAGCUUACCCUCCUCCCAGCAACCAGUACCCUCCCCCGGAGCCCAGCAAGCCCUCCGGCGAGUACCCUCCUCCCGGUCCUCCUGGCGGCGACAAGCCUCAUCCUCCUCCCGGUGGCGAGUACCCUCCUCCCGGUGGUGAUAAGCCUCACCCUCCUAAGCCUACCGAGCCCAGCGGUGAAUACCCUCCCCCUGGACCUCCCGGUGGUGAGCACCCUCCCAAGCCCACUGAGCCCGGACACGGCGGCGAGUACCCUCCCCCCGGACCUCCCGGUGGUGACAAGCCUCACCCUCCUAAGCCUACCGAGCCUAGUGGUGAAUACCCUCCUCCUGGACCUCCCGGAGGUGAGCACCCUCCUCCCGAGGAUACCACUGAGGUCCCUCCUCCUCACGAGACUCAGCCCACUGAGGUCUACCCUCCUCCUGGCGGCGUAACCACCGAGUACGCUCCUCCCAAGGAUACUACUACUCAGGUCUACCCUCCUCCCCAGGACACCACUGAGGUCCCUCCUCCCAAGGGUACUACCACCGAGUAUGCUCCUCCCAAGGACACCACCACUGAGGUUUACCCUCCACCUGAGGAGACCACCAGCGACUACACUCCUCCUGCUGAGUCUACCAGCGAGUACCCUCCUCCCGAGGAGACCACCACUGAGGGACACGAGGCUCCUUACCCUCCUCCUUCCGCUACCAAGCCCAGCCACACGAAGCCCAUCUACACCAAGCCUUCGUACACCAAGCCUGGUUACCCCGGAACCACUGAGAUGACUACCUCUACCAUCUACACCACCGGUGUGUACACCGUCACUAAGUGCCCUCCUGAGGUUACCGACUGCCCUGAGAAGCCUCAUGUCACCACUGAGACCAUCGUCGUCGGCACCACCGUCUGCCCCGUCACCGAGGAGCACCCCGACAAGCCCACCAAUGUCGAGACCAUGCCCAGCUACACCAAGCCUGCUCAACACGAGACCACUGAGAUGACCACCUCCACCAUCUACACCACUGAUGUCUACACUGUCACCAAGUGUCCUCCUGAGGUUACCGACUGCCCCGAGAAGCCUCACGUCACCACCAAGACUCACAUUGUUGGCACCACGGUCUGCCCUGUCACUGAGGAGCACCCCACCAAGCCCACCAACGUCGAGACCAUGCCCAGCUACACCAAGCCUGAGCAGAUGACCACCACUCACAUGACCACCUCAACCAUCUACACCACCAAGGUCACCACUGUCACUAAGUGCCCUCCUGAUGUUGUUGACUGCCCUGAGAAGCCUCACACCACCACCGAGACUCACGUUGUUGGCACCACCAUCUGCCCUGUGACUGAGACUCACUCUGUUGUCCAGCCCCCCAAGGAGACUCACCCUGUUGUUCAGCCUCCUCACCCUGGCAACGGCACCUGGACUCCUCCUAAGCCUCAGCCUCCUAAGGAGACAUACCCUGUCCCCGUUCCCGUUCCCAGCAAGCCUACUCAGCCUGAGCACCCUGGCAAGCCCGAGGAGCCUGAGAAGCCUCACCAGCCCGAGCAGCCCGAGCACCCUGAGCAGCCCCAGCCUCCCAAGGAGACCAAGCCUGUUCCUCAGCCUCCUAAGGAGACUCACCCUACCUACCCCACUCCUCCUCAGCCCGAGCAGCCCGAGAAGCCCGAGCAGCCUCAGCAACCCGAGAAGCCCCAAGAGCCUGAGCACCCUGCCCAGCCCGAGAAGCCCCAGGAGCCUGAGAAGCCUGAGUACCCCGCUCCUCCCGCUCCCACCAAGCCUGCCGAGACUGCUCCCGUUGUCCCUGCUCCUUCCAAGCCCGCUGAGACUUACCCUGCUCCUCCUGCUGCUACUCCCUCCGAGCCUGUUGAGGUUAUCAACUCUGCUGGACGUGUUGGCGGUAGCAUCUCGGCUGCUGUCUUCGCUGCUGGUAUUGUCGCUUUCUUCCUGUAA